AUGCCCCCCAUAAAAAAUAACAGCGUCCUCGUCAUCGGAGGCUCCUCCGGCAUUGGCUUCGCAGUCGCCAAACUCGCAGCCCAAGAAGGCGCCCGCGUCUUCAUUGCUUCGUCGAACCCAGACCGCGUUGCAAACGCUGUCUCCCGCCUCAAAGAAGCAGUACCCGAUGCCCCUUACAUAGCCGGAUAUACCUGCGACAUAGGCGGCGACGACGCAGAAGCCAACCUCCACAAUCUCUUCAAGGAGGUCACGGCAGCCGGCGGCAGUCUGCUAGAUCACAUCGCCUACACGGCAGCAAAACUGGACCUGAAGCCCGUCUCGGAGGUCACGGUGCCUUAUCUCCGACAGAGCCUGCAAUUCGCACACGUCGUCCCAUUGCUGCUUUCAAAACUGGCUCCUUCAUUCAUGAAAGAGAAAUACACCUCCUCCAUGACGUUCACGAGUGGAAUGAUUGGUGAGAAACCCGUGAAGGGGUAUACGGUGAUGUGUGGCGGCGCCGCUGGAUUAGCUGGGCUCACGCGUGCUUUGGCGGUCGAUUUGGCUCCGAUUCGUGUCAACCUGGUCAGUCCAGGGUUGACGAUUACGGAGCUGAUGGGGAGUGAAGAGCGGAGGGCGCAGGUUGCAGAGAUGGCGUCGAAGACGGCGUUGUUGGGGAAGCCUGGGAUGCCGGAGGAGGUGGCAGAGGCGUAUGUUUAUUUGAUGAAGGAUUCGAAUAAUACGGGGACUAAUGUGAAUACGAGCGGAGGGGCUUUGCUUCAGUAG